CGACACUCCGACAUCCAUGUCCGACCGUGGGGAUGGGAGGACACUCGAGACGCAAGCAAACUCGAGAGAAACAACUCCAAAUGGACAAGAAACAAGAACAAGAAUGGUUUGAUAGCGCAGCCAACGCAGGAAAACUAGGGAAGAAGCUGUUGGCUGAGAUUCACGAAGAAAUCAUGGCGAAGCAUGGCAGCAGCGAGGAUACUCUGGCGUGGCACCAGGCCCGUUGGGACACACGCCUCAUUUUAUGGAAUAAGCAGCAACGGAAUGGAGUCUGGACUGGGGGUAUGUCGCCGUCCGAGCCAAGUACUAUGGCAAAGCCCACCGCGAGGGAACUUGGUCUAUGGAAGGAACCAGAGCAGUACUCGAGCUUACAAACAUCAUCCUCGCCAUCGUUCAAUAAGCCAGCCAUAUAUCCACAGCAUCACUCGACCUUCCAAGUAUCCUCCGCCCCAUCGAUCCGCACUCCAACGGUACAACCAGAACACUACAACCAAAGCUUGGAUCAAGCUGCGAAAGAUUUUGAAAAGCUCUUGCUGGCCCGAAAUGCACCAUGCAUCCCUCAGGUUUUGAAUCCUCACGCUCCUGAAUUCCAAGGUCUUGAAAGCAGUUUACCACGCAUCUCUCCUCCUACUCUGAACCCUCAUGCUCUCGAAUUACAAGGUUCUUCAAGCAGUGUUCAAUCUUCAAACAGUACGACUGGUCAUGAGAAAGAUCUUGGGGCUCGUCUGAGGCAAUUGGAGGAUGAGGUCUCUCAGCUGAAGGCUAUCUUCCAGGAGCAUUUGGCAAAGUGUUCAGGCAUCAAUGGAGGACUGGAGCAGGGUGGAGUGGGACAAGAGACUAUAAAGGUUGAGCCUACUGACGAUGGAACAUUGAAGAACGAGCCAGUACUGGGUGGAUCUGGAGAGUGGGAGGAGUAUGAUGGUGGAGAUUUGAUGACCUUUGAUUAGAGAUCUUACAGCAGCAUCCAACAGAUCACUUCUCAAAUAUCAACC